CAAGGAAAGAAAUCCGUGGCUCUUUGUUGAGCUGUGAUGGGUUGCUCCAUCACAAUGCGUGUGCAGUUUCGCAAUCCGAGCUGUCGCUUUAAGACAACGAUAGCUUUGUGUCUGAUUAAUUCAAUGUACGCGACGCGUUAGUGGAGAAACCUCAUUAGAUUGCCGGCCGCACAGAGAGCAGGGGAGAGGGGGAGCACCGUGCACUGCAACAGAAUUAGCUUCACUUAAGGGGGGGGGAAACACUUGAAGUUAAAGUAAGCUGUUUUUUAAGAUGAAGACAUCUUGAGGAUGGGUUGUUCGGACUAAAAAUCUGCAUCAUCCUGCACGAAAAGAGGGAUUUUUUUCAACACCAGCUUUGGAGUAAAAUACACCACAGAGGAGGACAGAAGAUCGGAAGGCAUGUCGUCGGAAAAACACGGUCUUGAUGACUCUAGCCGUCAGACCAUGCAGCCUCCACCGUACCUGCCCGGCCCACAAGACCCAAAUGUACCUCAGCAUCCAAACAUGCAGCCUACACCCGGCACCCAACCCAACUACCCUCCUCCGCCUCCUCCUCCGGGCUCAGAUGGAUAUCUCCAAGAAACCCAGUUCCACUGCGGCCAGAUGGGACCUCAGGGGGCCCUGCAGGGCUACUCGGUCCAGACCCAGGGCCCCGGAGGCACCAUGCCUCAUGCCCCUGUAGGAUACCUCCAGCCGGGCUAUCCGCUCCAGCUGCAGCCUUGCACAGCUUACGUACCUGUCUACCCCAUGGCAUCGGGUCAGCCCUACAUGCAAGCAGGGGGAGGCCACCCUGGGAUCCCACCAGGCCAGAUUCAUCCCAUGCAAAUGCCCCCCGGCAUCACCCUGAUGGACCGCCGGCCGCCACACGACUACCUGCCCAUCGCCGUGCUUACCACCGUCUGCUGCUUCUGGCCCACAGGCAUCAUUGCGAUCAUUAAAGCAGUGCAGGUGCGCACGGCGAUAGCCAGAGGGGACAUGGUGACGGCGGAAAUAGCCUCCCGUGAGGCCCGCAACUUCUCCUUCAUCAGCCUGGCUGUUGGUAUUGCCUCCAUUGUGCUGUGCACCAUCCUCACCGUGGUCGUCAUCAUCGCCUCGCAGCACCACGACGACGACUGGGAUCCGUAACUCCACGUAGUGUCAGACAAAUGGAAAUCAUGGCGCUUACAUAGCUAUCUACUCUCAAGCGUUUGGAGGAAAUAGGAGCACAGAGAAUGCACACAAACUGCUAUUGCAUCGCUGGCACACACACAGCUCUGACCUAACCCGCUGCCAUCAAACACACAACCAAAAACAACUAAUCACAGCUGAUGUUCAAACGCCAAAUACAAGCAUCUGUCAAAUGAGGCCCCGUAUUUCUGUUAGUACAACGACUGCUUAAUAUUUACACUCAGAUACAAGCUGCAAGAUGGAAACAAAGCUCCUUGUUUUAAUAAUUUAUUUGAUACUCAUUCAUUCAUACAUAGAUUGUGAGGUUUCAGUUUAAAAUAUUCCAAAUCUACUAAAUUGGAUCCAGGUGAAAUAUUUUUAGGAUAGUUAAAUGCACAUUUUAGUCCUACAAGUAAAUGUGUUCUCUUCUUUCUUUUUUUAAAGUGCCAUGUUGAAGCAGUGUUGAUUUGCAGAAUUGUAUUAUUGCUGUUGUCAAGCUUAUAGAAAGUGUUUGGGGGGGUGAUCAAUACACAUUUAACACACCAAAUGGAGACUGGACUGUGUCUAAUGUAAUUAAACACAGAGUACUGAAGUCAAAACAGAGUAUUUAUUUGAGAUCGGUUGUUUGUACGUUACUUGGACACUAAGGCUGGAUGAGAUGAUACAUCAUUUAUGAAUUAUAUAACUUAUAUGUUUUUGUAUUUAUUUAAAAAUCUGUUCUGUAUUAAUUUAUUCAAUGCAACAACUUUCUCUGCUUUAAUUUACAUUAUAUCACUAGUUUGUUGCAGCUAUACAACACUCUGAAAUCGGCUUAAAUUUGAUAUCUGAUGGUGAUGCACUUUGUAGUUACAAGAUGUUACAAUGCAGCUGCUUACAUUCAUAGUUUUUAUAGUGCAUGAUAAAUAUAAAUUUAAGCUAAAGGGGUGUCCAGUGCAAUAAUAGCUUGUCUCCCAGCUGUUGGUGGGAAUAUUUCCUAAAGUAUAUACAAGUGUGUAGUACAGUAUUUUAGUACAAGCUACUGUCAAAAUAAGAAAUGGAGACAAUUAAGAUAAUUAGUAUUUUAAUUUUAGGUUUGCAAUUAUUAUUUCGCAGUAUUUUCAAAAUGUAUUGGCCUGUUUUGUGUUGCACAUCUCUUAGGUAUUUAGUCUCUCAGACACUGUAUGUGAAAAUAUAGUGCACCGUUAAACUUAAGAGGCAACAUAACCCUGCAUGUCAUCCUCAGUUUGUUUCCAUUUGUCUUAAAUAUCAAGGUUUCACAGUUUUAACAAAAACGAGUCAGGGUUCAUUUCACAAAAGAGUAUGGUCUCCAUAAUGAAGCAGCAGGUGUGCUGUGCCAACUUGGCUGUAACGUUACUGUAUUAACUAACUGAGGGUACUGGGGUUAUGGGAAGAACUGAAAAUGAAUGUUUCCAAUAAGAGAGAGAAAUAAUUAAUGCCUAUACUGUAUUGUAGCACUUUCCGUCCUUUGAAAUCUUUCCCCUUUCUGUCUCAAUCUUUUUCCUGUCAACAUGAGUUAUUGGACCUAUUAAUAUUUCCCUUCUGCUUCCCCUUUUUCCUCUGUUGGUCACUAUAAUGAUGUUAUUUUUAAAAGAGUUAUACAGAGAUAUUUAAAAUGAUGUUUGUUGAACAAAAAUAGACGUCAAAAAUACAGUUUAUUCUGUAGUAUAUAUUAUGUUAUUAUUAUUAUUGGCAACUGCAUUGCAUUUGAUUAUCACUUGUGUAUUAUAUUAAGUAAAUCUGGGCACAUAUUUAUCAAUCUUCUAAAAACUACACUUAAUAUUGCUCCUAAAAGCCAGUUUUACGAAGUGACUUGUUUUUACAGCCUGUAACUUUUAUUUGAUUGAUCACAUAUAUGCACAGAGACCAGGAUUUACCCAACAACUGCCUUAUUGAUUAUUAUUUAAAAGAAUAGA